AUGGCAGCUGAUUUGCUGAAGCUGUGUGAUCCGAGAACUUAUUAUGAUAAAUUCCUAUCAGAAUCGAUCUAUCCCAAUGGGCGCUCGAUAAAUCGGUUUCGUCCCAUUUCAUUGCAACUUGUGCGGCAAGGUGCUUUUUGCACUAACGAUGCUCUCAGAAAUGCUGAUGGACGUUUGACUUGGAUUCUCAAUUUGCAUAUUAUGAGCGUUGUCGACGAUGCCACGGCUCUUAUCAAUCAACUUGUGUCGCAGGGUGCUUUUUGCACUAACGAUGCUCUCAGAACUGCUGAUGGACGUUUGACUUGGAUUCUCAAUUUGCAUAUCAUGAUAUUGAGUGUUGAUGGAGCGAUCUCUGAUGCCUUAUGUAACUGUGUGGUUGGUGCUCUCGUUGAUUUGCAACUUCGUGAAGCUUCUACUGAUUGCGACGAGGAUAUUCCGAUUGAUAUCACGAAAGUUGAGCUCAGCGACAGUACUCAUCAUAUUGUCCUCGCUGAUUUUCCAGUUUCAUCUACCUUUAUUGUUUAUGAAGCUCCUGAUGAAACGGUAAAAAUCCUUUGCGAUCCGGCGCCUGAGUUAUUCGAAAUAAUCCCAAACACGGUGGUGAUUGUUGUUGGUAAUAAUUCACGAAUUCACCGUAUCAGUCAGUCGGGAUUGGCCGGUGAUGAAGCAGUCAUGCGGAGGAUGGUUGAGUUAGCUGUCGGGCGGCAAAAGCUGAUCGCCGAUUCGCUCAUAAAGGCUAAAGAGGCUUAUUUGGCGAAGGAAUAG